GAGAUGCUGUGCUGGGGCUGGAUAGGGCCAGUUGCUCUCCCCCUGCUCAAUAAAGAGAACCAUCACUUUAGAAAGGUGCCUCUUUGAUCAGUUAGCAGGGGAAACUGAGCUGGGGACAUUCUUGGCUGUUUUGAUUUUACUUCCCCAAGCAGGGUAAGGGUCCCCACCUGCCUUUGCUUUCUUCUUGCUGUGAAGUACAACUCCUAGAAAGCACUGCAAGCCUCAAAGAAACAACUAACAGCUGGCUCCUUUUAACCUGAGCAUAUUGUGGAGGGUGGAGGCAUUGAAAUCUCUGGCUGCUCUCUUGCAUAAAUUUCCCAUCUCCUGCCUUGCUGUAGUGGCUGCUUUUUCUUCUCUGGGGUUGGAUCCUGAUGAGCCCGUCUUCCUUAAUUCUGUGGGAAUUUGCUGAUCUUGGAACUCCAAGUAACCUGUACAGGCUUCUUGAAGCAUCUCGGCAAAUAUGAGGCUCGGAGUCAUUUGGAAGAACCUCAGUACACCAAUCUGGACUGCUCUCAUUUAUUCUCGGGCUGCCUAUUGUCUGUAGCUAUGCUGGUGAGGUUAACAUGGAGGACCAAAUAUCAACAGGCCCCCCAAUAGUCCACCAAUCUAAGAAAGGAAGGCUUGUGAGGUGCCUUACUAGACAGCAAGCACUUCACAGGGAACAUAUCACAUAUCAAUGCUCAGUCUGUAGCAAAACCUUCAGGAGGAAUUCACAACUCACUAAACAUCAAAUAACUCACAGAGAAGAGAAACUAUAUAUGUGUUCCAUGUGCGGAAAGACCUUCAGGCGGUGCCAAGAACUUACUCAACAUGAAAGAACCCACACAGGAGAGAAGCCAUAUACAUGCUUGCAGUGUGGGAAGAGUUUUUCUUCUAUCAAAAACCAUACUGACCAUUCAAGAAUCCACACAGGGGAAAAGCCAUACACCUGUUUGCAGUGUGGGAAAAGCUUCACUCAAAAAAGUAAUCUUAAUACACAUCAAAGAACCCACAAAGGGGAGAAACCAUUUUCAUGCUUGCAGUGUGUGAAAAGCUUCACUCAGAAAAGUACUCUUGAUACACAUCAAAGAACCCACACAGGGGAGAAACCAUAUUCAUGCUCGCAGUGUGGGAAAAGCUUUGCUCACAAUUCUGAUCUUACUAGACAUGAAAGAACCCACACAGGGGAGAAACCAUAUUUAUGCUCACACUGUGGUAAAAGCUUUGCUCAGAAAUCUCAUCUUACUGGACAUGAAAGAACCCACACAGGGGAGAAGCCAUAUUCAUGUGCACAGUGUGGAAAAGGUUUUGCGUAUAAAAUUGAUCUUAUUAGACAUCAAAGAAUCCACACAGGGGAGAAACCAUUUUCAUGUUUGCAGUGUGGGAAAAGCUUCACUCAGAAAAUUAAUCUUACUACACAUCAAAGAACCCACACAGGGGAGAAACCAUAUUCAUGCGCACAGUGUGGAAAAGAUUUUGCGUAUAAAUUUGAUCUUACUAGACAUCAAAGAAUCCACACAGGAGAAAAGCCCUACACAUGUUUGCAAUGUGGAAACAGCUUUGCUCAGAAAAAGAAUCUUAUUAUACAUGAACGAACCCACACAGGGGGAAAGCCAUACUCAUGCUCACAGUGUCAAAAAAGCUUUGCUCAGAAAACCGAUCUUACUAGACAUGAAAGAACUCACACAGGAGAAAAGCCCUACACAUGCUCACACUGUGGGAAAAGCUUUACUCGGAAACAACAUCUUACUGCACAUCAAAGAAUCCAUGAAGUGAAGAAACCAUAGAAAUGCUUGGAGCGUGGAGAGAGUUUCUAUCACUAAAUAAUCCACCAUGCACAUGAAAGAAACCCUUGAAGAGAGAUGUUUUUACAAUGCUAGCAUUCUAGCAAGAGCUUUGAUGAUGAUUCAUGUCUUAAUGAACAAGAUACAAUACACACAGAAGAAGAAACUUAACUAUUUGGAGUGCAGAAAGAGCUUCAGUCACAACACAUACUGCUUUUCACCUCAAGGAAUUCCACACAGGCAAAAUUACAAUCUGUUUCUCCCAAACUAAUUAUGUCCUUUGAGUGUUCUUCAUUUCUGACCUGUGUGAUCCAGCAUUUUUCAGUGGCUUCUCAAUGACGAGCUCCCUGGUGGUUUUAAUCGUGUCUUUUAUUGUGCUGGGCUCAAUGUUUUUAAGUGCUUUGAUUAAGAAGGGGCAGAAAUGUGAUCUGAAGCUUUUCCCAUUGAUGGAGUAAUUGCAGCGAUCAUCUUCUGAGGCAUCCGAGCAUUCAGCUGCAGUGGAACAGAAAUGUUAGCUGCUUUUUAGAGGGUUUUUUUAAAAAAAAAAAAAAACACAGCAGUAUUGUAAUGUAUUUUCUGUCCUUACUAAUAAAGUUGGAUUAUUUUUCUCG